ACAGAGAUGAUAGAUAACUUUACGAUAUUGACCAAGGGAGGCAUUGUUCUCUGGUCGAUCGAGUGGGCAAGACUCAAGGGUCACCCAAUCAACAACCUUAUUAAGACUGUAUUGGUACAGGAGAGAAGUGCCGACGCCUCCUAUCAGUCUGAUAACUAUACUCUCAAAUGGACCUUUGCCAACGAGGUUGAUCUGAUCUUUGUUGUUGUUUACCAAAAGAUUCUCACCUUGAUGUACAUUGAGGAUCUACUUAGCAUUGUCAAGAGAAAGUUCAUCAAGCUCUACAAGGAUACCCUUGUUUCAAUCAAGAACUCCUCAGACGUCCUCGACAUUGACACCUUCCAGCCAUUCACAGACAAGUUCCAGCUAAUACUAAACAAGACAGAAACAGAGUCUCGAAUGAAACAGUCACAGCACUCGGCACCACGAUCCUUUGAUCAGACAGAGAAGGGCAAGGUGGCAAUGGAGAACAAGCAGGAGCGUGAAUUGAAGGACAAAAAGGAUGGCAAGUCCAUCAAGAAGAAGAAAACACCUCAGAAGGGUCAACAGCAGUCUAGCAGUGGCAGUGACAACAGUAGCAGUGGUGACGAUGAUGAGUCGAGCGAUGAGCAUGAAGCCAUACAGAAUGGUGAUGAGGAGGAUCCAGAGAUCAAGAGGACAAGGAUGGCAUUGGCUUCAUCUUUGCGCACGAGUGGCUCAAAGAAGAACACACCUACAAAGAAGGCUCCAGAGCAGACCACCCCUGUAAAGGUUGGCAAGGACAAGAGAGUGUCAGACACCAAAAUAUCAAAGAAAGAGAUGGAGAUGAUCGAUAGAUCAGAUCACAGUACCAAAACAAGGGUAGUGGACACUGUUAAGGACUUUGUGAAGCAUGACAUGGACUUGGAGAUCAGUUCGGAUGAGGAAGAGAAGCCAGUGUCUGGAUUCAUGAAGUAUUUCCAGAAGCUCACUGGCAACAGGACCAUUGACCAGCAGGACCUUGAGCCCAUUCUACAACAGUUCACAUCGCAUCUUACUGGCAAGAACGUUGCACUGGACGUGGCACAAAAGUUGGUAGACUCGGUCGGAGAGAGUCUCAUGGGCAAGAAGCUGGACACAUUCCAGCGUGUAAACACGGUGGUCAAGCAAACUAUGGAGGACACAAUGACACGUAUCUUGACACCAAAGAAGAACAUUGACAUCCUUCGUGACGUUCAGGCUGUCAAGGGUAAGCGUCCGUACACCAUUGUCUUCUCUGGAGUCAAUGGAGUUGGAAAGAGCACAAACUUGGCCAAGGUUUGCUACUGGCUCAAAGCCAAUGGCUUCAAGGUCAUGAUGGCUGCAUGUGACACCUUCCGUUCAGGUGCCAUUGAGCAACUCAAGACACAUGCCGAACGUCUCAACGUUGAGGUGUUUGAAAGAGGAUAUGGCAAGGACGCUGCAGCGAUUGCCGGCGAGGCCAUUCAGCACGCCAGAGAGACAGACCACGACGUCGUGUUGAUCGACACAACCGGCAGAAUGCAGAACAACGAGCCCCUGAUGAGAGCACUCAGCAAACUGGUCAACCAGAACACAAUUGACCUUGUACUCUUUGUUGGCGAGGCUCUGGUAGGCAACGACGGUGUUGAUCAAUUGGUCAAGUUUGACAAGUCACUCUCUAUCUUGGCCGAUGCCACUCAAACCAAGGUCCGAACUAUCGAUGGUAUCAUCCUGACCAAGUUUGAUACGAUCGAUGACAAGGUGGGAGCAGCCAUCUCCAUGGUGUACACUACAGGUCAUCCAAUCAUAUUCCUCGGUACUGGUCAGAACUACACGGAUCUCAAGAGGAUGCACGUCAAGAGUGUUGUCAAGGCUCUCCUCAACUAG